CUCAACUUUGCAGCAGGGGUCCUUCGUGCUAAUGCUAAUGCUUGUUAGCAGCUACGUGCGCAGUCGGUCGUUGAGACAGAGAUGGUGGUGGCGGGUUGUCUUUGCUGAGAAUGAGCCCAAAAGAUGUCAGGGAUGGCCUGAUGACGGCGACAUCUGUCUUCUUCGACCUCUUCCUGCAUCAUCCCAGCUCCAUCGGAUAGAAUCAUCUCCUCAACCUGAGCUUCCUUCAAAGACCUCCAGCCGCCCUCACGGACACUAAACCCUCCGCCGAGCUCUUUCCCCAGACAGAGAGACGAUGUAUUGCCUACAGUGGCUGCUCCCAGUGCUGCUCAUCCCCAAGCCGCUGAACCCGGCGCUGUGGUUCAACCACUCCAUGUUCAUGGGCUUCUACCUGCUCAGCUUCCUGCUGGAGAGGAAGCCCUGCACCAUCUGUGCCUUGGUCUUCCUGGCUGCCCUCUUCCUCAUCUGCUACAGCUGCUGGGGCAACUGCUUCCUGUACCACUGCCAGGACGCCUCGCUGCCGGACGCCGCUCAUGACCCGGCGAUUGUCGGGACCUAGGAGAGGAGGGCGAGUGCUGGAGGAGAGGCGAAGAGAGGGGAGGCUACUGUAGAGCGAUACUGCCAUGCUGCGAGAGGGACGGACUGUGAUUCUUGUGGGCAGUGCUGGAAGGGAAUACCGAGAGCGCCCAGCCAAAGACGGUGUUAAAACGGAGAGAUGCUGUUCUGUAAUGCUGUAAAGAAACCGAGGAAGGUAAAAAGUACUGUCGGAGGAGACUUUAGUUUGGGGAAGGCGAGGCACCCAAAUGUAGAAACUGCAAAGGGAAAGACAUGCGUUAACUUGGUGCUGAGGAAAGAAGAAUUUCACUCUAAACCUACAGUAUAAGAUCCACCUAAAGUCACCACUGUGUUUCAGUAUUCUGGUUCCUUGUUUACUUCCGAGAGAGACUCCACUUUCAACGAAACCUGUCGGUUCUGAAAUGGAAAAUAUUUUGCUUCUCAAACUGCCAAAUUUCACAAAACUCCCACCAGAUGCUGCGCCGGCGGCCACGCACUCUUGCUCUCUCACUCGACAGACUUUGAACGCCGGGGAGUGUUUAAAUGAUAGUCGGUGUCUCGACGUGUUCGAAAGAAAAGAGGAACAAAAAGUGCCGUUUUCAGCCCCACAUGACCAAACUCCGUCGCCACAUCUGGCAUCUGCACACGAAAUGCUCAACAGUUAGAGCACACUGACACUGGACAAUCAGUAACUAUGCUGUGAAUAAUUCUCAAAUAAUUCUCAAAAUGCACCUGGGGAAAGGUGUAAAGAUGCUGAGGAACUUCCCCCCCCCCACGUUGUUACCCCACUGUGCUCUGCAGCUGCCCCUCCUCUCGCCAGAUCCAAACUUUUCUUUUGUUUUUGCCGUCUUUUGUUUCUUGUGCAUGGGUUCUUUUUUUUGGUUUUUUCCACUUACACAGAUUUUAAUGAAUUAAAAACAAAAUGCUGAAAGUUUCCAAAGGUUAGAAGAAUCUGGAUGUGUGGAGGGUGAAUGAAAGACUUAUUUUUUUGUGAUCAUGACAUGCUGAUUUAAAGAAGCGGCGAGACACAAGGAAACGAAGAGAUGGACCACAUUUCCAGCCACAUUAAGCAAUACAGACGGGAAACAGCACCACGUGUUCGCUAGAAGUUUAUCCAGGUUUCCUUGUGUGUCUCUGCUCUAAGUGUUAAGUUUAGCUGGCAGACAAAAGCUAAGGUGUUUAUACUCUGUACCCGUUUGUGUGUCUGAGGAGUGUGUUUGUGUGUGUGUGGCCACAACUGCUUUGGUUUUAAUUUAAAUAAAGUUUUUCCUCUCGUGUUAA